CCGAAACCCGCAAAGCUGCUCAGCCAUGGGUGCCCCCGGCGGGAAGAUCAACCGGCCCCGGACGGAGCUGAAGAAGAAACUGUUCAAGCGACGGAGGGUGUUGAACCGGGAGCGGCGACUGAAGCACCGGGUGGUCGGGGCCGUGAUAGACGAAGGGCUCACCACGCGGCACCACCUCAAGAAGCGCGCGUCCAGUGCACGUGCCAACAUUACUCUGUCUGGGAAGAAGUGCAGAAAACUCCUGCAGCAGAUCCGGCUUGCCCAGAAAGAGAAAGCGGCCAUGGAAGUGGAAGCCCCUGCAAAGCCGGCCAGGACUACUGAACCGAAGCCCAAAUCACAAAAGAAGACAAAAGCCCCCCAGGAUGUAGAUAUGGAGGACCUUGAAGAUGGAAGCUAAAUCAUACCCCUUUAACCAGAAGAUUCUCACCUGGAGCCAGGAGGACUCAGUGGUUGUUUUAGAAGACUUUGGAGAAAACACUGAACCUUUCACUCUCCCCAGAUUCCUCUUCCACAGUGGCCUAGUGACCUGCCGUGGAGGGAUGUGUUGAGAGGGAGAAUGGAAAAGAAAGAUCAGAGACGUGACUCCUUAGCAGUCAACUCCAUUUGUAAUAAAGCCCGAGAACCCUCUCAGAGAUGUGUGUGAUUAAAUGUAGGCAUGGGGAUGGGCCAUGAAAAGGGGUCUGUAGGUGUAGAAGAAAGGCAGUUGACCCACAGAGUGUACUUGAGCAAAGGCAUCAAGAAGCCAGCCUCUGUGACAGCCCUGUCUCUAUAGUGAGUGGCACUCCAACUUUCGAAUUCUGACCAAAAUAUAGAUUAUCAUAGAGAUGGCAGAGGAAGUAGGAGUCCUGACACCAGCCCUGCCACUGCUUGUGUGUGGCCAGCGUGGGCAAGUCACUUUAUGUUAUGUUUCCUUUGCUGGAUUUUUAUAUAUAUAUACAUAUAUGUAUAUAUAUAUA